CUGGUGCCAUGUGGCGGCGGAGCCUGAGCCGGAGCCGGAGCCGGAGCGGGACCGACACAGACACCGGGGAUCAGCAGCGGCCUGAGCCUUAGAUGUGAGUUGCUGCCAAACUGAUGCUGGUUCAGAGGACCUUGCAAGAGCCGCCAGCUCAAGGCAACUCAAACCCCUUGUAGCUGGAAGCAAGACUUCACCUCCACUGCCCGGACUGGGGCUGGGAGCUAACGCUAAAAUCCAGUUCUGCUUGGACACGGCUCGUCACUUCACUACGUCUACCCUAUGCUCUGAUGGAAAAGAGCAAGACGGACUCUCCGAGUGUGGACGUGACUGAGUCUAGCACAGGACUUGUGCUGGAUGAGCCUUCCAGACCUGCAUGGGGAAGUAAGCUGCAGUACAUUCUCGCCCAGGUGGGAUUCUCCGUGGGACUGGGAAAUGUCUGGAGAUUCCCCUACCUAUGUCAUCAGAAUGGGGGUGGAGCUUUCCUUUUUCUUUACCUGAUCCUGCUGUUGGUGAUGGGGAUCCCAUUGUUUUUUCUGGAAUUGGCAGCCGGACAGAGUAUCCGUCAAGGCAGUAUCGGAGUUUGGAAACAUAUCAACCCACGACUGUGUGGGAUCGGGUUUGCCAGCUGCGUGGUCUGUUCCCUUGUCUCCCUCUAUUAUAAUGUCAUCAUUGCCUGGAGUCUAUUUUAUUUUGGUCACUCCUUCCAGUAUCCACUGCCCUGGGAAUCCUGUCCCACUCUCGCCAACCAGACAGUAGCAGUCACUGAGUGCCUGGAGAGUUCUGCCACAACGUAUUUCUGGUACCAUGAGGCCUUGAACAUCACCAGCUCCAUUAAUGUCAGUGGAGGGCUAGAUGCCACCAUGACCGGUUGCCUGCUUGCUGCCUGGGUUAUUGUCUGUCUCGCCAUGAUCAAAGGAAUCAAAUCCUCUGGAAAGGUGAUGUACUUCAGCUCCAUCUUCCCGUAUGUGGUGCUUUUCUGUUUCCUUAUUCGAGGUCUCCUUCUGGAAGGUUCCAUGGAUGGAAUUCGCUACAUGUUCACUCCUAAGGUUGAGAUCUUGAUCGAUACCCAAGUAUGGCGACAAGCUGCCACCCAAGUGUUCUUCGCCCUGGGCCUUGGCUUUGGAAGUGUUAUUGCUUAUUCCAGCUACAAUACCCGCACCAAUAAUUGCCAUUUUGAUGCUUUCCUUGUCUCCUUCAUCAACUUCCUGACAUCUGUGUUUGCUACGUUGGUUGUUUUUGCAGUGCUGGGAUUCCGGGCGAAUGUGCUCACUCAGAAAUGUGUGGCAAGGAACAGCCUCAAAGUGAUUGACCUGAUUGACAAUGGAGUUUUGAACAGGAGUUUAAUUCCAGAAUAUCUCAACUUUUCAACUGUAACAAAUCAGGAAUACAGAGAAUGGUUUGACUCAGUGAGAUCAGUAUUAAUCCCUCUUCAUAUCCAGCAGUGCAAACUCGAACAAGAAAUGCAAAAGGGUGUCGAGGGUACAGGCCUCGCUUUCAUCGCUUUCACAGAAACUAUUACACACUUUCCUGCCUCACCAUUUUGGUCUAUCCUGUUUUUUCUGAUGUUGCUAAAUUUGGGUAUGAGCACAAUGUUUGGAAAUAUGCAAGGGAUUCUCACUCCUCUACUUGACAACUUCUCCUGUCUGGCUAGGAGGAAGUCCAUUUUCACAGUGGUCUGCUGUUUACUGGGGUUUGUUAUUGGAAUGAUAUUUACACAGCGUUCUGGAAACUACUUUGUGACCAUGUUUGAUGAUUACUCUGCAACACUACCUCUGAUCAUUGUGGUUCUGUUUGAGUUGAUUGCUGUGGCGUGGGUCUAUGGAGCUGACAGGUUUAUGGAUGAUAUCCAGGCAAUGAUUGGUCACCGUCCUGUUGUUGUAUACAAGUAUCUGUGGAAGUUUGUGUGUCCCAUCAUAAUGCUGGCUCUGCUGUUGGCUAGUUUGAUUCGCAUGUGCAUCAAGCAUCCACAAUAUCGAGCAUGGAACCAAGAGAAGGCAGAGGAGACACUGUUGGACUAUCCUGAUUGGGCAUUAGCCAUGAUGAUCCUGCUGAUCAUCAUUGCUUGUUUGCCCAUCCCCCUGAUGUACAUCCAGUACACUGUGCGGGACAGACUGAAUAGAAACACCGCCUACUCAGAGUGUGUUUACAUCAGGGGUGAUGGAGAUGAUGAACCCACCCUCCCUGUGAAUGAGAAUGAGGAAGAGGAACCUGGGAGAAAUGGAUACCUGAAGGUUGAGACCGACGAGGAAGGACUGGAGAGAGCAGAGCUGCUGGCAGAAGAGGAGGAUGCACUUGAAAUGGAUGACAUGUCACACGAUAAAAAAGAUGAAUUGAGUGUCAAAGCCUAGUAACUCCUGUGGAGUUUGUUGCCCAUUGUAGACAACAAAAAUAUGCUGCAAACAUUUUUAACAACUAACUACAAAGAGCAAACUCUGUCUUUUAAUGGGGUGCUCAUUUGUCUGAAUGGAUGCUAAUUUUGACAAGCUCUGGUUAUACUGAAGUUUGCAACCUGAAGUCACCAAACUGGAAUUAAUUUGAACUUUUAAAAAUUCACCAACAAUGCAAAAAAUCCUAGAGCAAAAUGAAGCCUUCAUAAAUUAUCAGAAAGGAGCAGAAUGAAAAUAAUAUUAACUCUUAAUCAGUUGGGGGUUACAUGUGAAGUGGGGCUGGGGUAGGGAAAUGGGGAGAUAAACAAUUGGGAUGGGGAUUGUGAGUAGGAAUGGGGAGUAACUGGGGAGUUGGGAUGAGGUUGGGUGGAUGGAAUGGGCUGAUGGGAGAGUUAUCACAACACUUUAAAGUCAGAGCCAACCUGAUCAAGUAUUCAGACAGUCAGCUGGGAUACUAGAGCAAAUUGAUCUCAGCUAAAGAAAAUGUCUGCCCAUGCAACCAAUAAGAUACAGGCAAGGCAGCCUGGGUAGCAGUCACGGAGAAACAGGAGUCAAAGAGAGCAGCCAGUUUCUACAUAGUUCUAGAUCCAACUUGGAAGAAUAACUGAAAGCAUUUCCAAGGGUAGUCCAAUGUACUGAGCGGGACUCUGGGCUCCCAGAAGAUUGAGCUUGUCCAUGCCUCACUAACUAUGAUAUUGAUGUGGAGGUGCUGGUGUUGGACUGGCGUGGACAAAGUUAGAAAUCACACAACACCAGGUUAGAGUCCAACAGGUUUACCUGAAAUCACCUGGUGUCAUGUGACUUCUGACUAUGAUGCCGACGGCCUAUUCUGCAGCUGUGAGUGGCAGAGGUAUCUCCUGAAAUGGUACCCACCCCAACACACCUAAUACGAAAGAUGGGAGGCAAAUGCUUUGUAAGAUACACAGAUGAGGAGAACUCUAUGUUUUAAUGGAAUAGAUGAGAAGGGAGCUGUCUUACCCACUUGACUAUUUAUUCUUUUAUCGGAUAUGGAUGUCUUUGAUAAGUUACAUAUUUGUUUCCCAUCUCUAGUUGCCCUUGAGAGUGCACUGUACUCUGGAACUGCUGUUGUCCGUUCAGUAUAAGGGCAUUCACAAUGCUGUUGGGGAGGGAGUUCCACAAUUUUGACUCAACAGCAGUGAAAGAUUGACUAUAUUUCAAAGUCAGGAUAGUCAGUGACUAGAAGGGGAACUUGCAAGUACUGUAGUGGUGUUUCUAAAUACUGCUGCCCUUGACCUUCUAGAUGUUUGAUGUAACAGAUUUGGAAGAUAGUGUUAAAGGAGUUUUGGCAAACUGUUACAAUGCAUUUUGUAUGUUCACAGUGCUGCUGCAGUCUGUCUAUCUAUCCAUCUAACUAUCUGCAAUCCUAUAUGUCAAGAUAGUCAGAAAACCCCUGGGGCUAAAGCUUUUAGUACCUUGGACCUGAUGGCCUGCACUUUCAGGUCCUAAAGAAAUGCUGUCAGGAUAGUGGAUGCAUUGGUUGAAAUCUUCCAAACUAUUCUAGAUUCUGGAAAGGUCCUAGCUGAUUGGAAAACCCCACAUGAAGGAUCUUUCAUUGGAAGCAGUUCAGAAAAGGUUCACUUGACUGAUUCCUGGAUGAAGGUUCCAGAACAGGAGUCAUAUUGGACUCAAAAAGAUUAAAAGAUCACUUUUUCUCUGCACAAACAUGCUAAGGUCUCCAGCUCUUUGCUUUUAUUACAGGGAUUGAAGGUGUUAUAAUGUGAGGAAAGUUGAAUAAGUUGGAUUGAUAGGUCAUUUGGAGUUGAAAAGACUUGAGAGGUGAUACUAUCAGAAUAUAUAAAAUCCUAGGGAACUUGACAGGGUGGAUGCUGAGAGGAUGUUUUUUGUGGGGAAUCUACAAUGAAGGGGCACAGUUUUAAAAUAAGUUAUCUUCCAUUUAUGGUGAAGAUUUAAAAAAAAACGUCUUGAGAGUUGUUAGUCUUUAGAAUUCUCUUUCCCAGAGAACAGUGAGGGCUAGAUCAUGUGUAUUUUCAAGUUUGAGUUAGAAAGAUUUUUGAUUGAUGGGGGGAGGGGUGUCAAAUGG